CCUUCCCCCCCCCCCCCCCCCCCCAUUUUUCUCCUAAUCCGCUUCCUUCCUCAUUCUUUCUUUAUUCAACCGUCUUCAUCUUCUCCUUAAAAAUUUCUCUUUAUAUUGCUCUUUUCCCUGGCUCCGUUUUUCUUCUCUUCAACUCAUCGUACCUCGCUUUCGGCCCUGACGGCGCGGCUUCGACUUUUAUCUUAUUUCACAUUAGAUCUAUACACGACAUAAGUCUCGGACUAGGCUCUUAAUUGCUCACCCCGAUUCUGGUUAUGCCGUUGUAACUAUACCAUAUUCAUUUCCUAUUCUACCCCGUCUUCAACUCCGCCUGUGAUCACGAGAGAUCCCAGCAGGACGAAACGUGCGUCUUGCUACUUUGUUGUUACCCCGGAACCCUCCCUAGCUCCCUCAAAUUUCCCAUGGCAAAGUCCCCUUGGAGUGGUAUGCCAGCUCAAUCUUCCUGUCCCAAAAUGUCCGAUCUUCUCACCCCUUCCGCUGCCAUUGACUUUAUCAAAGACGACAAACAAGGAGAAAAUGGAUACCUCGCUAGUGGCUUCGAAAGCGGACCAAGCCGCCCACCCACGCCACAUGGAGCUGGACUACCAGAAAACUUCGCUGAAGUCGUCAAAGGCGUAUACAGAAGCAGUUUUCCUCUACCAGUGCAUCUCGACUCUAUUUCCCGGCUUAAUCUUAAGACCAUUAUAACUCUAGUUGAUGAAGAGUGGUCUCACGACUAUGGUGAAUUCAUCCAAGAAAAUGGAAUUAAAUCCUAUGUCAUCCCGAUUUUGGCGAACAAAAACCCACUGGUCUUCACUCCAUACGAGACUGUUAUUGAAGUGCUAAUGCUUAUUUUGAACCCAAUGAAUCAUCCUGUGUUAAUUCACUGCAACAAAGGCAAGCACCGAACCGGAUGCGUUAUCGCCUGCUUUCGCAGAGUUCAAGGGUGGUCUCUCAUGGCUGCCCUCCAGGAAUACCAGAAACACUCUACACCUAAGUCACGUGUACUGGACCGAAAUUACAUUGAGGGGUUCGACCCAAAUUCCCUCUCUGACCUUGUUGAGAAAGUGGGUGCUCGGAAAUGGCUUCCAACAAUUAUUCCAGUCGACAACAUCGGGAAAGACAGGCGCGAAAUAUCGCAAAUCAGCCAUGACGAAGAUCAAAUUCCAAAGGCUGAGAGUGCGCCUCCUAGCCACUUCAAUACAAGUUUAGAGGAGCUCCACAGGAUCAACUCCAUCUGAAAUAUGCACGGAUUUAUAUUACUUCCUUCAAAUCACCCAUCUCCGGCGGUAUGGAGGAUGUUAAUAUCUUACGAACAAUUCGCCUUUUUCCAUGGACAGAGUCCAUUUUUCCAUUCGAUAGCAGGGCGUUUCCGGAUAAGGACCAUCACACCAAUAAAACCCACGGCGUUUUGUUUUCUUGAUUCAUUCAUUUCAUCACUACCGGGAUUAUUAUAGACAGUUCGGCUUGGGUUCCGGGGUAAGGUACGGAUGCGGAAAAUGGGGCCGCGAGACUGCGGUACAGAAUAUGAAGUAAACUAAAAUAAACUCGACAUUGAAAACCCGGGGCGUUAAAGGAUGGGCGGUUCGCAGAGAUCGAAUUUACCGCGCUUUGGCAGCUGCGGACUUUGUUUCGUUUCUACUUUCCUUUUUUUUUUUUUUUUUUUUUUUUU